AACUUUUUCACACACCUGCGACAAUCAAUCGCAUCAUCUCUUCACACCCUCGACUCCUCGGACCAUUCGGCCGACUGCGACGUCUUUCUUCAUUUCGUCAUCUUCAUCUCUCUAUUUCACUGUCUUCUGUCUCCUUGUCCCUUCUUUGGUCGUCCUUUGGCUUCUUGUUGGAAUCGUGUGCGUUUGCCCAUAGAGCUGACUCUUGACUACGCGACAAACCCGACAGCUGCUCAUAACUAACCGGGACCCCGCCUCCAUCACUCACAAUCUCCAGGUGACUCACAUCAAACGCAGGCGUCCGAUUCACAUUACACUGCGCCGCUGGCCUUUUCGCGACCACCUGCGACCGUUGUCCAUUCCAUUCCACUUGCACAGCCAUCAAGAUGAAAUAGAAUCAAAAUAUAACAAUCACAACCAGAAUCUCAAAAGAUCCAACACCUUCCUACUUUCUACAUUUUUCAUACUUUCUCCUCAUUUCCACCAUGAAUACCGCUCCCCCCAUGGUUACUACCACUGCCCCCCAACCGAUCCCCGCCACAUCUAUCGAGGCCAAGCUCGUCGUGCUGGGUGCUCAAGGCGUAGGGAAAACCUCGCUGGUCUCGAGAUACAUCAACCCUAAUGCACCGUUGGCCAAGAAUAUCCAGUCCACCAUUGGUGCGUCCUUUGUGACCAAACGCAUCACAGACCCCGACACGGCCACCACGGUCCGGCUGCAGAUCUGGGAUACUGCCGGUCAAGAGCGCUUCCGAAGCAUUUCCCGGCUAUACUACCGAGGAGCCAACGCAGGCUUAUUGUGUUAUGAUAUCACCAAUGAAGCCAGUUGGGAGGAGAUGAAGACGUGGUUAGCUGAGAUGAGGGAAAAUUGCGCCGCUGGAGAUGAUGCCAUGCCCAUUAUCCACGUGGUGGGCACAAAGUCAGACAUGGUGGCCGAAGACCCAUCUUGUCGCCAAGUCACCUUUGAGAGAACAAUCGCCUAUGUGGCUGAACAAUUAGGUGGAGUCACCGCUGCUCAAAGCACCAGUUCCACCCCUCCAAUGAGCAUGAAACCCGGCAACUUGGCCGCCAUCAACAGCCCAGACUCAACACGAAGUUCUGGUUUCUGGAACCAGGACAUUGGCUGGGACAGUUGUCAUGAAGUCAACGCAAAAGACGGCGAAGGCAUCGAAGAAGUCUUUCGAGUCAUUGCCAGGAAAUUAAUCGACCAGAAACACCAAAGAGACGCAGCCGAUCACGCCCGUAUCCAAGAUACCCCGGGUUAUCGGUCUGAGCAUGGCGACGAUUACUUUGCCGGACCACACGGCCAUUCCGGCAGUUUUAGAGUCGGCUACGGCGACAAGAGGAGAAGUUGGUUAGGCCUGCCAAGUGUCGGCCUACCUGGUGGUAGUGACUCUGAUGGGUUUACCCGCACCUGGGACCCAGAAGAGGCCAAACGAAGGGGAAGAUGUUGUUAGCAUCGAGGUAUGAGGUAUCGGUAUCGGUAUCGGUAUCCUCGAUCCCACCUCCCAUCGCCCGCCUUCCCCCUUUUUCUCUCAAACACCUCGACUCUAGAAGAAGCCGAGGAUAAUUAUCCCACGCAUUUUUCGGGAUAGGAUAGUCUUUUGAUUACGAAGGGUUUCGGUUUCGGAAAUACCCAUACCGAUUACCCAUAAGCACGGCGUUUACGGCCGACCUUGCCGAUUUGCGAGGUCAUGUUCAUUUUUCAUUCUUCACGAAACGGAGAAUACAGGUCCACCUUUUUGAGAAACCAGGAUCGGGCACAAGGGCAUCUUUUUUUUACUUUACAUUGGGAUGGAGUUUCAUAUUGAAGUCAAUUGUCCACUUGGGAGCUAGUUUUCUACAAGCUCAGAUCAUCAUCAUCACUAUUGUUCAUGCCCCAUGUCCAUGGGGCAGACAUACACAAAGACACGAGGGGAUAUCAGAAUUUCCCCCCUCUUCACGGACAGAUUACAGAAUAAAGGAUUACUGGACUGCGUGGGUGGGUGAGUGGGUGGGUAGGUGGUACUGGAUGAAGACCGGCAGGCAGGCAGGCAGGCAUGCGAGACUUGGUUGACUUCAUACAUGUGUAUGUGUUAAAGGUAUGUGUAUUUUGUUAUGGGCAUGACUGGAAGGGGAUGGAAGGAUGGUUAAAGGUUUAGCAUAACGGGGUACAUCAACAUGCAUGGCAUAGGACAGGACAGACAGGACAAGUACCUAGUUUUCAUCAUCUAGCUAGCUAAUGCCUUAUUCCCAGGACAUGGAUAUGGAAACGGCUACAGAUGCGCGUCUGAGUCCUGUCUAGGUAGGUCUGAAUCCAAAACCAAGUCUGACCUACUUAGUAGCUAUGCGUAAUAAUGUACAAAUAUAGCAAACGUAGUACUAUAGGUAAGUAUGUAGUAAAAAAGAAUGGUGAUUGAAAUAAAAGUAGGUAAGCAUGGGAGAGAGAUGACAAUGGUGAUGUUGAUGAU